UCCAGAAGGUUCUGAAUCCAGAUUACCCAGAAUGCUUAGAGAGUCAGAAGGACGAUGAGGAUGAAGAGCAGAGGAGCAGCAGAGAGGCAUUUCUGAAGAUCACACUGCACUUCCUGAGGAGAAUGGAGCAGGACGAGCUGGCUGACCAUCUGCAGCGCAGAAGUUCUGCUGGAGUUUGUAAAAGUAAACUCAAGACUAACUUAAACAAGAAGAUCCCGUGUGUGUUUGAGGGGAUUGCUAAAACAGGAAACACAACCCUUCUGAAUCAGAUGUUCACAGAGAUGUACAUCAUGGAGGGAGGGACUGCAGAGGUCAAUGAUGAACAUGAGGUCAGACAGAUUGAAACAACGUCCAGAAAAUCAGACAGACCAGAAACAACAAUCAGACAAGAAGACAUCUUUAAAGCCCCACCUGGAAGAGAGGAACCAAUCAGAACAGUGAUGACAAAGGGAGUGGCUGGCAUUGGGAAAACAGUCUUAACACAGAAGUUCACUCUGGACUGGGCUGAAGGCAAAGCCAACCAGGACAUCAAGUUCAUAUAUCCAUUCACUUUCAGAGAGCUGAAUGUGCUGAAAGAGAAAAAGUACAGCUUGGUGGAACUUGUUGAUUACUUCUUCAGUGAAACCAAAGAAGCAGGAAUCUGCAGGUUUGAAGAGUUCUCGGUUGUGUUCAUCUUUGACGGUCUGGAUGAGUGUCGACUUCCUCUGGACUUCCACAACACUGAGGUCCUGACUGAUGUUACAGAGUCCACCUCAGUGGAUGUGCUGCUGACAAACCUCAUCAGGGGGAAACUGCUUCCCUCUGCUCGCAUCUGGAUAACCACACGACCUGCAGCAGCCAAUCAGAUCCCUGCUGAGUGUGUUGACAUGGUGACAGAAAUCAGAGGGUUCACUGAUCCUCAGAAGGAAGAGUACUUCAGGAAGCGAUUCAGAGACAAGAAGCAGGAAAGCAGAAUCAUCUCCCACAUCAAGAGAUCACAAAGCCUCCACAGCAUGUGCCACAUCCCAGUCUUCUGCUGGAUCACUGCUACAGUUCUGGAGGACGUGUUGAAGACCAGAGGGGGAGGAGACCUGCCCAAGACCCUAACUGAGAUGUACAUCCACUUCCUGGUAGUUCAGUCCAAACUGAAGAACAUAAAAUACGGUGGAGGAGUUGGGACUGAUUCAAACUGGAAUAAAGAGACAAAGAAGAUGAUUUAUUCUCUGGGGAAACUGGCUUUUGAGCAGCUGCAGAAAGGCAACCUAAUCGUCUAUGAAUCCGACCUGACAGAGUGUGGCAUCGAUAUCAGAGCAGCCUCAGUGUACUCAGGAUUGUUCACACAGAUCUUUAAAGAGGAGAGAGGACUGUACCAGGACAAGGUGUUCUGCUUCGUCCAUCUAAGUGUUCAGGAGUUUCUUGCUGCUCUUCAUGUCCAUCUGACUUUCAUCAACUCUGGAGUCAACCUGCUGUCAGAAGAACAAACAUCAUUGUCGUGGUCUAAAGUAUUCAGAGACAAAUCAUCAUGUUUCUACCAGAGUGCUGUGGACAAGGCCUUACAGAGUCCAAAUGGACACCUGGACUUGUUCCUCCGCUUCCUCCUGGGUCUUUCAAUGCAGACCAAUCACAAUCUCCUACAAGGCCUGGUGACACAGACAGGAAGUAGCUCAGAGACCAAUCAGAAAGUAGUCAAGUGCAUCAAGACGAAAAUCUGUGAGAAUCUGUCUGCAGAGAAAAGCAUCAAUCUGUUCCACUGUCUGAAUGAACUGAAUGAUCGUUCUCUAGUGGAGGAGAUCCAACGGUUCCUGACAUCAGGAAGUCUCUCCAAAGAUAAACUGUCUCCUGCUCAGUGGUCAGCUCUGGUCUUCAUCUUACUGUCAUCAGAAAAAGAUCUGGACGUGUUUGACCUGAAGAAAUACUCUGCUUCAGAGGAGGCUCUUCUGAGGCUGCUGCCAGUGGUCAAAGCCUCCAACAAAGCUCUACUGAGUGACUGUAACCUGUCAGAGAGAAGCUGUGCAGCUCUGUCCUCAGUUCUCAGCUCCCCGUCCUCUAGUCUGAGAGAGCUGGACCUGAGUAACAACAACCUGCAGGAUUCCGGAGGGAAGCUGAUCUCUGAUGGACUGAAAAGUCCACACUGCAGACUGGAGACUCUCAGUCUGUCAGGCUGUCUGAUCUCACUGCUGGAGGAGAACAUUAUCAACAUUGAUGAGAACAUGAAACGAGCUGAAGAAGAUCCAGAAGGUCCAGAUUACCCAGAAUGCUCACAGGGUCAGAGGGAGGAUGAGGACAAAGAGCAGAUGAGGAGCAGAGAGGCAUUUCUGGAGAUCACAAGGCACUUCCUGAGGAGAAUGAAGCAGGAUGAGAUGGCUGACCGUCUACAGAGCGGAAGUCCUGCUGGAGUUUGUAAGCGUAAACUAAAAUCUCACCUAAACAACAAGUUCCAGGGUGUGUUUGAGGGGAUUGCUAAAUUCUGCUGGAUCACUGCUACAGUUCUGGAGGACGUGUUAAAAACCAGAGAGGGAGGAGAGCUGCCCAAGACCCUGGCUGAGAUGUACAUCCACUUCCUGGUGGUUCAGUCCAGAGUGAAGAACAUUAAGUAUGAUGGAGGAGUUGAGACAGAUCCACACUGGAUUCCAGAGAGCACGAAGAUGAUCAAGUCUCUGGGAAAAUUGGCUUUUGAGCAGCUGCAGAAAGGCAACCUGAUCUUCUAUGAAUCAGACCUGACAGAGUGUGGCAUCGAUAUCAGAGCAGCCUCAGUGUACUCAGGAGUGUUCACACAGAUCUUUAAAGAGGAGAGUGGACUGUACCAGGACAAGGUGUUCUGCUUCAUCCAUCUGAGUGUUCAAGAGUUUCUAGCUGCUCUUCAUGUCCAUCUGACAUUCACCAACUCUGGAGUCAACCUGCUGUCAGAAGAACAAACAUCAACACAGUUCUACCAUAGUGCUGUGGACAAGGCCUUACAGAGUCCAAAUGGACACCUGGACUUGUUCCUCCGCUUCCUCCUGGGUCUUUCACUGCAGAACAAUCAGAAUCUCCUACGGGGCCUGCUGAUACCGACAGGAUGUAGCUCAGAGGCCAAUCAGGAAACAGUUGAGUACAUCAAGAAGAAGAUCAGUGAGAAACUGUCUGCAGGAAGAAGCAUCAAUCUGUUCCACUGUCUGAAUGAACUGAAUGAUCGUUCUCUAGUGGAGGAGAUAAAACAGUACCUGAGAUCCGGUCGUCUCUCCACAGAUGAACUGUCUCCUGCUCAGUGGUCAGCUCUGGUAUUUAUCUUACUGUCAUCAGAGAAAGAUCUGGAUGUGUUUGACCUGAAGAAAUACUCUGCUUCAGAGGAGGCUCUUCUGAGGCUGCUGCCAGUGGUCAAAGCCUCCAACAAAGCUCUACUGAGUGGCUGUAACCUGUCAGAGAGAAGCUGUGAAGCUCUGUCCUCAGUUCUCAGCUCCCAGUCCUCUAGUCUAAGAGAGCUGGACCUGAGUAACAACAACCUGCAGGAUUGAGGAGGGAAGCUGAUCUCUGUUGGACUAAAGAGUCCACACUGCACACUGGAGACUCUCAGACUGAGUGGCUGUAACCUGUCAGAGAGAAGCUGUGAAGAUCUGUCCUCAGUUCUCAGCUCCCAGUCCUCUAGUCUAAGAGAGCUGGACAUGAGUAACAACAACCUGCAGGAUUCAGGAGGGAAGCUGAUCUCUGUUGGACUAAAGAGUCCACACUGCACACUGGAGACUCUCAGACUGAGUGGCUGUAACUUAUCAGAGAGAAGCUGUGAAGCCUUGUCCUCAGUUCUCAGCUCCCAGUCCUCUAGUCUGAGAGAGCUGGACAUGAGUAACAAUGACCUGCAGGAUUCAGGAGUGAAGCUGAUCUCUGAUGGACUGAAGAGUCCACACUGCACGCUGGAGACUUUCAGUCUGUCAGGCUGUCUGAUCUCAGAGGAAGGCUGUACUUCUCUGGUCUCAGCUCUGAGCUCCAAUCCCUCCCAUCUGAGAGAGCUGGACCUGAGCUACAAUCAUCCAGGAUACUCAGGGGUGAAGCUACUGUCAGUGGGACUGGAGGAUCCUUUCUGGAGACUAAACACUCUCAGGGUGGAGCCUGCUGGAGUCAGAUGGUUGACACCAGGUCUGCUGUGUUGUGUCUCGUUCUCUCCAUCAGAUUCCUGUGAACUCACACUCAACACAAACACAGUGAACAGAAACCUCAAAUUGUCUGACAACAGGAAGGUGACACGUGUGGAGGAGUAUCAGCCAUAUCCUGAUCAUCCAGAGAGGUUUGACUACUGGCCUCAGCUGCUGUGUAGAUAUGGUCUGACUGGUCGCUGUUACUGGGAGGUUGAGAGGAGAGGAGAGGUUAAUAUAGCAGUGAGUUACAGAGGAAUGAGGAGGAGAGGACAGAGUGAUGACUGUGUGUUUGGAGGUAAUGAUCAGUCCUGGAGUCUGAACUGCUCUGAUGGUCGUUACUCUGUCUGGCACAAUAACAGAGAAACAUCCAUCUCCUCCUCCUCUGUCUCUGGUAGAGUAGCAGUGUAUGUGGACUGUCCAGCUGGCUCUCUGUCCUUUUACAGAGUGUCCUCUGACUCACUGAUCCACCUCCACACCUUAAACACUACAUUCACUCAACCUCUUUAUCCUGGGUUCUGGCUCAGGUCUCCUGGUUCCUCAGUGUCUCUGUGUCGUGUGUAGGACUGAGAGUCUCCUCCUGUUUCUCACUGCUGAUCAGUUCAGUCUGUACAGGAUC